GCAUGGAACACCUAUGUAUCUUUAUAUUUUGCUAUUGAAAAUUAGACAUCACCGUCUUCAUUAGAUAUUUCAUUCGGUCAAGGCGUAACAGGGCCUCUCACUCGCACUAUAAAAGCAGCGUUUUGAGAAUAUUUUCAGCACUGUUGUUGAAAGUUAUUGAACUUUGGCAAUAAAUUUUAUUUAUCUCCAGGCUCAGAAAUGUGAUUUUCCUAACAAUAAACCUAAAAAUAUAAACAAAUUUGAGACUUUCUUCCGGGGGCGUUAUCCGGGGACUAUACUCCUUCACUAUUAAACAUACAUACAUAUAUACCAAAUUAUAUCUCUAUUCCUUUUGUAAUAUUGCCCCACGUUGUUCAAAUUUGACUUUUAUAGUUCCAUUGUCGUGUGUUCUAUCAAUAGCUUGUCAACUGACAAAAUUUUUUAAAAUUAUAUUUCUAUUUAUAGUUUGUCGCUUAUUAUUUAUUACUAGGUCCCAAACGAAGUAUAACUAUUCUAAGUACAGCAGUGAGAUGCAAAACUAAUAGAAAAAUGCGGUAAGUACAAUAAUAAUUUAUUCGAUAAUCUUAUAUGUAGUUUAAUUUUUUGAAAUAUGUUUAAAAUUGUCUAAUUCAAAUGCACAAAACAAAUGUAUACCUACAAAAUCAAGAGAAUUAUAGAGGCUGGCUGGGCUAAAUAACUUUUAUUACGAUUUAAGAGACAUUUGCCGUUUGUUCAGAGGAAACGGCUUAUAAACAAUGAAAGAGGGCGGAGAAAUAAAUAGAUAACACAAAUGUCGUGGGAUGGCAAAACUCUAUAUUGCGAUAUCAAUUUAGACAAUCAACAAUAUCUGACUAUGAGUCAUGACGGAAGGGCGAAGUCUUCCCCAUGAUGCUGCAUCCGUUCUAAUGACUAAUAUUAUUUUUGAAAAUCUGCAUUCUCAGCAAACAACGAUUCUUAUCAUCAAAAUGCAUGUGUCGCUUUAGAAUAUAAAACUGAGGAAAUGUUUACCAUUUUGUCUCCAGGUUCCUUAGUCUUCCUCACUCUUGUUUUUCUUUAAAACAACGGAUUUUAGCGCCAGUAAAAUCUAUUAAGACUAAAAUUUCAAACAGAUAAAAACUAUUAGGCAAAAUGAGAAUUUAUCUGACAUUUGAGUAAAUGUAAAACUUUAAGUUUCCCUUGCAAAAAAGAUGAAGGUUUUCAUUGCUAUGUCUUAAUUUGUUAUCACAAUUUGAAUUUGAAUUUGUUUACACCAGUACCUUGCUAGCCGUAAAAUGUUGUUUUUCCUCUUACCCAUUCUAUUUUUCUGUUGGUUUCUGAAUUGACAUUUUUCAGUUUCAACUUUUCUAUUCGGCAAAUUCAAAGAGACAAUCAUGGGAGGCGGUGGUUCCAAAGCUGACAAUGAGGCCAUUGCUCAAGACAUGCGAAAUAACAUGCAACCUGAACGUGAGCGCCGGCAAAGGGAGCUUGAAGCUUUAGAAAGGGAAGCGGAAAGACAGGCAGCAGCACGAGCAGAAUUGAGAAGACAAGAGGAAGCAAGUCAGAUUGCUGAACAAAACAGGAAGGAUGAAAUGAUGAAGAAAAUAUUGGAGCAAAGUCAGAAGACUCGGGCAGAAGAUCAAGCAAGAGCUGAUCAAAUUCGAACUCAAAACGAGGAGAAUUUGAAAGAAGCAGUUGCAAGUGGAAAUCAGCUUCUUGAUAAUCAGAGAAUUGUGAAUCAAGCAGAAGUUACAAAACGAUUGACGGAUCAUCAAAAUUUAAUGACACGGGAACAGGGAAGACUGGCUGAAACUGAAAAGAAAAUUGAGGAAAAUGUUGUGGAUAUGAAGAAUAAGAAAGCAGAAGCUCAAGAAAAGUUGCACAGCGAGAAGAAAGAAUACGAUGAGAAAAAGCUCCAGAAAUCUGAAGAAAAUGCUCUGAAAAUUGAAGAUUUGCACAAACAAACUGCACAACUUGAAAUUGAAAAAGAAAAUAAUGCAAUCGAGCACCAGAAUAGAAUCCAUGGAAUGGAGAAGCUAUUUAAAUUGGAUAAAUACAAUAUUCAUGUGGCUGGUGGCAAAGACACUCGUGAAAGUCAUUUUAUUGACGCUGUUAAUAAUACACGAAGUGCUGGUGGAGAACUAUCGAAUGCAGUGGUUUCUUUGGGUUCAAACGCAUAUUGUCUACAAAAGGGAAAAGAAGCGAAGAACGUAGUAAAGCAUAUUAAUUCAUGCAAGACAUCUCUACGUCGGAUCAAGGAGAAGCUCAACAAUCUGAAAUAUUCUGCAAGAACAAUCAGAGAUCAAGAUGAAUCAGAAAACGUCAAUGUUGCGAAAUGUCAUGAAGUAGCACUCUACAUUCAAGAAGAAGCAUCACCUCUGGAACAGGCUAUUUUUCGAUUUGAGAGUUCUUUGGAAUUUGAUCCAAUCGAAAACUCCAUUGAAUUAUAUGAUGAGAUUCACAGACUGAAUGCAAGUUUGUACAAAACUGUGAACUCGCUUCCGUUGGUUUCUCGAAGUUAUCAUGCAAUUACUGAAAUCUCCAGAAGUACUGCACGCGCAGUUCUUAAUGCUGAUAAUUCGAAACUUAGUAUUCAACAAUCUGAAACUGUUGUUGUGCAGCAGAGCAUUGAGGAUGGAGAAAUGGAAGUGGAUGCAGUCGUGGAGGAAAUUCAAGCGAUUGAGCAAUAAAUUGAACAAUAUUUUCAGUUACGUUAAUCCAACCUACACCCUACACCUUACACCGACUUAUAAAUUUCUUUUCU